AUGGGCUCGACUUCGUUCACCCCACCAGUCGCAUCAAGCUCGUCAUCCCUUGCGUCGUCUAACUCGCUGGAGGAUCCUCUACCCUCAAUCUCAAGCUCGUCCUCGUCCUCGUCCCAACUGACUUCAUCCUCUGUCGCCGAAUCCUCUGCCCCACCCACCACCACUACCCCCUCAAAUCCAAACCCCAACGUAAUCAUCCCUCUUCGAGCCUUCUCCCCACCUAAAUGGAUCUUCUCCCACCCCUCCACCUCCACCCAAAGUGGCGAUGACGACAUUCGUUCUCACACGGUGGCCAGCUCGAGUACCUCGUUCUACGAUGCACAUCGAUCAAUUCGUGGGGAGGUUGGGGAACAUUAUAGAGAGAGUUUCCCUGCUUAUGCACCCAGGAGACCUGGCAUACGGUUCGUCAAGGCGAAAACGCCUGUUUUAAAUGGCGGGGAAGUGGGGGGCGAGCAUUCGAGCAGCGUAGUGGAGGGGACUCAAAGUGGAGGGGAGAUAGCUCAAGUCUCGAAAGGGAGUCAAGCCAGAGGAUUGUACGAAACUCUCGUAGGAAUCAACGCUCCACCUCGUCUCGUCGAAUCGCCGGCGAAACCGGUUCGGAAACCUUCAAAGAAUCCACCCUCUCGCGAAUCAAAACCCGUCGAUCUUGAUCUCACAAGUGAUCAAUUCGACUCGGACUCGGACUCCGUUUCGGAUGAGAAUGAGGACAUCAUCAUUUUAGAUCCUCUAACUCGACUCCCCGAACCGAAUUCACUGCCUACCCCACUACCUCGGACCAAGCGAACUCGACCGAACGCCGCACCUCUUCAUCGAGCGAUUCACGAAUUACUCCCUUCUCAACCUUUGGGCGACCCUAUAGCUCCACAAGACCAAGCUCAAGCUCAAGCUCAAGGGAUCGUCCCUUUAGUCCCACCAACGUAUUACGCGAUCCCCUCGACGAAUAUAGGAUGGAGGAUUUUACAAAGACAAGGGUGGAAAGAAGGGGGUUCUUUAGGUGUUGUCCAACAGGGCGAAGGAGGGCCUGAACAAGGCAGGGGUUUGAAAGUCCCUUUGAAGGCGAGUGAUAAGUUUGAUAGGAAGGGGUUGGGCAAUAAGCUCAAGGGUGAUGAGGAAGAGGGGGCUUUGAAAGAGAGGAAGAAGGAGAAGGAGAAGGAGAGGAAGAGGAGGGACUUGGUCGAGGUGGAGAAGAGGGGUAAAGGGAGUAGGGAGAUUGCAUUGAGGCAGAGGCAGGAGAUGAAGGAUAGGAAAGAGUUGUUGGCGUAUAUGAAUAGGGAUUGA